UGCUCCUCCCAUCCCAUUCUUCUUCUCGUUGUUGUUGUUGUUGUUGUUGUGCUUUUCAUCUAUGUCUGUCUCCAGUUCUUCUCUAUUUUCUGUUAUAUGUUAGGGAUAAGUUAUCGGUGGUGGUUUGGAGGUUUGACUGUCUCAGAAACGGAUAUUUUGGCGUAUACGCUCGAUUCAGCUUAAACAAUCUGAGAUCCAGAUAACUGCAUUUCUAAGGUGUGCUUGCAACUCCGAGGCUUUUAAUUUUCCUUGACCAAAUUAAGGUGAUAUCUUGAGUGACUGGACCAAGAGUUUGGGCUAAAGAGAACUUGUUAUCCUGAUUUGAUCAUUUGAGGUUUCAUUCACUUUUGGGAAAAUGGUCGAGGGGCCUAAAUUUACGGGUCUUAUGGGAGGAACCAACAAUAAUGACAACAAUUACUAUGAUUUCACUCAAGGGUUCUAUCAAAAACUUGGCGAGGGAACAAACAUGUCUAUUGACAGUUUACAAACAAGUAAUGCUGGUGGAUCAAUGUCCAUGUCAGUCGAAAACAGUAGUGUGGACUCUAAUGAUUCUCUAACCCACAUUUUAGGCCACCCUGGUUUAAAACCUGUGAACCGCCACAAUUACUCUGUCUCUGUGGGCCAGAGUGUGUUUCGUCCUGGUAAGGUUGGCCAUGCGCUUAAUGAUGAUGCAUUAGCUCAAGCAUUGAUGGAUGGCAGGUACCAAACUGAGGUAUUACAGAAUUAUGAUGAGUGGACUAUCGAUUUAAGAAGACUUAACAUGGGUACAGCUUUUGCUCAAGGUGCUUUUGGAAAGUUAUACAGGGGUACAUAUAACGGUGAGGAUGUUGCGAUUAAGAUAUUAGAAAGGCCUGAGAAUAGCCCUGAGAAGGCACAAGUUAUGGAACAGCAGUUUCAGCAGGAACUUAUGAUGCUUGCAACACUGAAGCAUCCUAAUAUUGUGCGAUUUAUUGGGGCGUGUCGUAAGCCAAUGGUUUGGUGUAUCGUCACCGAGUAUGCUAAGGGAGGCUCAGUUAGACAGUUUCUAACGAAAAGGCAGAAUCGCGCUGUGCCAUUGAAAUUGGCAGUCAAGCAGGCAUUGGAUGUUGCUAGAGGGAUGGCUUAUGUGCAUGGGCUUGGGUUUAUUCACCGGGAUUUGAAGUCAGAUAACCUUCUAAUAGCUGCUGAUAAAUCAAUAAAGAUUGCAGAUUUUGGUGUUGCACGUAUUGAGGUGCAGACUGAGGGCAUGACACCCGAGACAGGGACAUAUCGUUGGAUGGCUCCAGAGAUGAUACAACAUAGGCCCUACACGCAAAAAGUAGAUGUGUAUAGUUUUGGAAUUGUCCUUUGGGAGCUUAUAACUGGCAUGCUCCCUUUCCAGAACAUGACUGCAGUGCAGGCAGCAUUUGCUGUGGUGAACAAGGGUGUACGUCCAGUUAUUCCAAAUGAUUGUCUCCCUGUUCUGAGUGAGAUCAUGAUCCGUUGCUGGGACGUUAACCCAGAAGUUCGUCCUCCGUUUACUGAGAUUGUGAAGAUGCUCGAGAAUGCGGAAACUGAGAUAAUGACAACUGUUCGUAAGGCUCGUUUUAGGUGUUGCAUGGCUCAACCAAUGACAAUAGACUGAUCCAGAAUAAAAGAGUGAAGAACAGAAAGGAAAAGAGGAUAUAAAUGAAAAUCAAAAUAGCAGGUUUAAGAAUCUAAAUAUAAGUUGGUGUAUGUAUCAGUACUUUUCUCUUUUUUUUUUUUUUUUUCUUUCGAAUCUUGUUUUCUCCUUUGUUUUCAAAUAGAAGAAGGUAAGGAUUAAGACUGCUGGUUUUUUAUGUUGGUGAGUUGCACUUGAACCAAUGGGGUUGUAGCUUUAGUAGUAGUAAGAGGAUCAUAGAUGUGAAGUGGUUUCUCU